AUGACCUCCAUGGAAGGAGGCGUGUGCUGCUUUAACUGCUGGACUUGCAUGGAUGUGUGGCGUAGCGCCGCGGCCGUGGUGCCGGAGGUGAUGAUGGAGGUGUGGAAACCAGACCCUGGUCCUGGUCUUCCUCUGGACCAGGCCCCGCUGCUCUGCACUCUACGGUCGGUGGAAAUAAUUGAACGUCCUGAGAUUCCACCAGAAAUGCCUAAUGGAGCGGCCGCGGCUCAGAUUAGUCACAUGGAAGACGGAGCACUGGAACCCAAAGGGAAGUGGUUUUCUGAACAACGCCCUGAAGCUGGACCACAAAGCCCCGCCCACCACCCUCUGGUCUUUAAAAGGAGAACAGGGCUCAUCAGAUCUUCAGGGUCUGCAGUGGAUCCAAACCUCAUCAUGGGCAGUAAACAGUCGUCCACGUACAGCGCCACCUACGGAGGCAAUACGAUCUACGGUGACGGAAACAUCUCCAUCGUCAACCAUGGCUCCAGCUUCAACCUUCGCUUACGUAGAUCUGCCGGCUUCUGUCCUCCAUCUGAUGAGAAGUUGUCGGUGCAGACCCUGGACACCUGUCUGCUGGACUACCUGUCCACCGUACGCUCCCUAGAGGACACCAACGCCCAACUGGAGCUGAAGAUCAGGCAGUGGGUGGAGAGCAGCGGAGACUCCGCCUCCAGAGACUACAGCACCUGCUUCCAAACCAUGUUCUCCAUCAGGUCCAAGAUCCAGACCGUCGUCCAGGUGUACGGAUCCAUAGGCCACGCCCACACGGCUGAUGGACAUCUCAAGAACAAGAGUGAGAAGGAGCCGGCGGCGCCGCAGUGGCUGGAAGCCGACGUCGCUGAACUGAAGAAGAUCCUGGACCAGCUGACGCAGACCAGAUCCGACGUGAAGACGCAGAUCCGGGGUCUGGAGGAGGAGCUGAAGAUCCUCAAGGAGAACAACCAGGAGGUGGACCUCACCAAGACCAUGGCCCAGAACACACCACUGGACCAAACCAUCUACUCCAAGAACCAGAAGGACCUGGAGGCCUUCCAGGCCAAGACCCAGGUUCUGAAGGACAAGGUGGUGGUUCACAUCCAGACCCUGCAGACGUCGUGGUUUGAAGUCACCCAGGUCCAGUCUACUCUGGAGUCUCUUGAGACCCAACUGCGGUCCGCGUCAGACACGGUGAGCGUCACAAUCCACAGGAAAUGA